GCGCAUGCGGAGUCUUGGAACGCAGACACAUGGUACUGGUUUUCCUUCUCUCACCACACUCUUGUCUUUCACCAAUACAUGCUGCUGUAGGAACCCAACCACCUGAUAAGAUUAACGACACAACGACAUAACAACUACGUUGGCAAGCAGCAAGAAAACAGUAUUAUAAUUUUUUCUCUUUUCUAAUUGUGUGAUAGACCAAUAAUAUUAUUCUUACCGUUAUUCAUACUUUUUUAAAUAUAAAAACAAACCCGGCAACAUGGUCACAGAUCUGAAGCUAUCGCUUGGAUCCCGAUGUAUCAAGUACCUUCUGUUCAGCUUUAACUUCUUUUUCGUGAUUACUGGCAUAAUUCUCCUAGCAAUUGGAGCAACUAUUCAUGCAGUUUAUAAUGAUUAUCACCACUUCCUAGAUGAUAAAUUUUUCUCCGUUCCAUCACUAUGUAUUGUCGUGGGUGCCAUAAUCUUCUUCAUAGCAUUCUUCGGUUGUUGUGGUGCUGUUCGAGAAAGCUACUGUAUGAUUGUAACUUUUGCAGCGUUGAUGAUUUUAAUAUUUAUUCUGGAAUUAGCUGCUGGAAUAUCUGGUUAUGCUCUUCGUAAUAAUGCAGCUCAAGCAAUCGAAGAAAAAAUGAAAACUACAAUGAAAGAAUAUAAUAAUACUCAAGAAAUUCGAACAGUCUGGGAUGAACUACAGCAUGAAUUUGAAUGCUGCGGAUUCAACAAUUACACCGACUGGAAAAAUAUCAUUGGAGACAAGUUACCAAAUAGUUGUUGUAUAAAUCGACCAAAUUGUACUAUUGCUGAUAAAGAAUCCGAUUUUCAUCACAACGGAUGUGCUACAAGCUUCACGCAAUUUAUUAAGAGCCAUGCUGUUCAACUAGGAGGUGCUGGAAUUGGUAUUGCAUUUGUUCAAGCAAUCGGUAUUUGGUUUGCUAUAUAUCUAGCAAGGACAAUAAAAAACAACUAUGAAACUGUAUAAUAAAGAUGGAUCAUCUCACAGAA